UCCUGCUGUCCAUCAUACGAGCUUCAUAUCACGCAGUACUCCUUUAACUCCCAAUACAGGGACACAUUAGCGGCCAUGGCUUCUCCUCAGCAAAUUCGCACGGCCACCACCGAUCUCUUGAAGAUCAACCACCCCAUCAUGCUUGCGGGCAUGAACGUCGCCGCCGGCCCAAAGCUCGCAGCAGCCGUCACGAACGCAGGCGGAAUUGGUGUCAUCGGUGGUGUCGGAUACACACCAGACAUGCUUCGAGAGCAGAUUGCAGAGCUCAAGAGCUUCCUCACAGACAAGAAAGCACCAUUCGGGGUCGAUCUUCUGCUCCCACAGGUCGGCGGUAGCGCACGAAAGACCAACUACGAUUACACCAAGGGCAAGCUCGACGAACUCAUCGACAUCACCAUCGAUUCAGGUGCCCGUCUCUUCGUUUCCGCCGUCGGUGUCCCACCCAAGCACGUUGUCGAGAAGCUUCACAAGAACGGCAUCCUCUACAUGAACAUGAUCGGGCACCCCAAGCACGUCAAGAAGUGCCUUGAGCUCGGUGCCGACUUGAUCUGCGCACAGGGAGGUGAAGGUGGUGGCCACACUGGAGAUGUCCCAACAUCCAUCCUCAUCCCAACUGUCGCCAGCCUGGUCAAGGGACACAAGAGCCCAAUGACCGGUCAGCCCGUGCAAGUGGUCGCAGCGGGUGGUAUCUUCAACGGACAAUCUCUUGCAUCUGCUCUCGCUCUCGGCGCCUCGGCUGUCUGGGUUGGUACAAGAUUCGUGCUUUCAGAGGAAGCUGGUGCUCCCCGCGCUCACCAGGAAGCCGUCCGAACCGCCGGCUUUGACGACAACAUCCGAACCAUCAUCUUCACCGGUCGACCACUCCGUGUCCGCAAUAACCCAUACAUUCAAAACUGGGAAGAGAACCGACAGAACGAGAUCAAGGAGUUGACCUCCAAGGGCACGAUCCCAGUAGAAUGGGACAUUGAGCGCAUGGGUGACGAUAUCGACGAUGACACCAUGGACAACGCCCGACCAUUCUUGAUGGGUAAGGCCGCGGCUGUAACGAACGAGAAGAAGUCCGCCAAGGCUAUCAUUGAUGAAAUGGUCAGCCAAGCCGUGGAUGUGAUCAGCGCAAGCAAUUCCCUUGUUGUGACCAGGAGCAAGCUUUAGACGACAGGACAUGUAUCCAUGCAUUUCUAGCAAUUUAUGCCAUUUCAGCGUAGCACGUUCCUCUG